AUGGAUCACUUGCAAGAUGAAAGGCCAGCAAAGAGGCCAUGUCUUUCAAAUACCCCCGACGUCGAAGAUGAUACUUCCGAAGACGUCCCUGAAGACUUUGACCUCCCAACCGCACGUGCGCAGAAUGACUCGCGACUCAAAUCUCUGUUUGAAGGGAUCUUCGCAAAAUAUAGCCACGACUUCACCGAUGUGGGCGAUGAGAUCGAUUUAAAGACCGGGGAAAUCGUGGUGAACAAUGGACAUCUUCUAGGAAUUCAGAAUGAAGAUGAAAGCGGUGGUCAACCGCGAUCGUGGCUCUUCCAGGCUGGCCUGGAUGAAUUGGAAAACCAUGGCGCAGAUAAUGGCGACGAUACGGAGAACAAAGAAGAAAAAGAGUCAGGCUCCUUCGCUUCAUCUCCCAACGGCAAUUUGCCGGAUGCUCCUACUUCAAACGCUCCACUGGAAGCAUCGUCAUCUGAUCAGCAACAGGCGAUUGAGGAUGAUGAUCCACUGGAUUUUGUGUUUACAUUUAAAGCAUCUGGAACUACAGGACACAGUCCAAUGACAAGAGCGCAACAUUCCUCCCAUCCCACGAAUCCCAUCAAUAGGGCUCCCAUCAAUGCAGCUACCAAGCCACCGGAUCCUAUCUGGGCGGUCCCCGACCUACCUCAGUCCUUUUUAACACCAACCACCGAGACACGCAAAAAGAAUGUUGGUCUGUCUCCGUCCAUCAGAUCUCCUUCACCACCAGGAAGCGGUUCUGUCUGGGCCACUCGGGGACCCGGUCGGCCACGAACAGAAGCUAAAUCCAAGGCCACGCCGAGUCGGCGCAAACCAGCCGCGAAGCGCAAAUAUCACUCAAGCCCUGUGACGCGAGACUGGUCCUUCGCAGAGGUCCCUGAUGGUAAUGAGUCAGAUGAUCCUUUGCAGGAGUUUGAGCCAUCCCCGACGCCAUCAAAGAUGCGGAUCAUCCGCGGAAAGCGCCUAGUGCCUACCAAAGAUGGCGACGGUCCAUCUAUCCAGCCUUACUCUACUCCUUCGAAGAAGCCCUCGCAGAAGCGUUUGAAGAAGACAGCUGCUGUGACUAAAGAUGAUGAACACGAUCGCUCGGAGGAGAAAGAAGACGAUAAAGAGAUAAAUACCGAAGAGGACAAUCCACAUGAGACAGAAACCCACAAUGAUGGUAAAGCCAUACAAGAGGAGGAUAAUCAAGAUACCCAGGAUGAUUGCGUAUCGAAUAUUCGGGAACACGGGCUACUUGAGCCAAACACACAGAACGAUGUCACGGGUCCCUCUACCACCAUCGUCAUUAAUGACCAUGGCGAACAGGAAGUUGACCGAAUGGAAAUCCAAAUAGAAAAAGGACCUACGGCAGAACCCCAAGACAAUGUGGCGUUUGAAUCUACAUUGAACCCGGAAUCAACACUAAACCCCAGCGCCAAAGCUUCACGACCCAUGACGCCCGACGAGGCUAAGUCGAUCGUGCGCAUGAUGCACAAAGAAAAGAAAACAGCGAGCGAUGUAACCAAAUUAAUGCCAACCCUCAACUACCAAGCAAUCUGGCAUUGGUAUUUUAACCAUUGGACCCAGCGCCUCGCCAGCCCGCCUCACCUUUCAGCCCCGUGGUCACAUUCUGAGUUGGCAGCCUUUGCUCGGCUGAGCGGCCAAUCGGGUCUGUCUUGGUUCGAGGUCCAACGUGAGUUUUCGGGUCGAUCGCGAGCAGCAGUUGAGUUCGAGCUGCUUCGUACUUUCGUCGAAGGGCGCGCCGUCUCUGCGGCCGAAGAAGGCGGAAAUCCGGCUGAACAGUUGGAGGAUUCUACCGACGAUGACCAGGGGCUCAGCUCAUCGCAAGAGCUUUGGGUGCAGGCAGAUGAGAUCAAGCUUGAAUCUGAAUCCGAGUCUGGAAACAUUGCCCAAUCAAUGGAAGAUCAGAGGGAGGUACGCGGUGAUGGUCUUUCUUCGUCUUCGACCGAUCAGGAGGACCCUCAGCUUGAACCCCAACGCACCAAAGAUUUGGAUAGGUCUUUUGUUGCCAACUCUUUUCUCAGCAUGUUUAUCAAAUGA